CCACCUCAAUCAUCUCUCUCUCUCUCUGAAAGAAAAUAAACACACAACUCUACUUCUCUCAGCGUAUUUCAUUAUUUGCUGGUAGUGCUCCUGAUGUCCAUGGCAGUUUUUUCAAGAGCAAUUUCAGCUUUUGUGCUCUUGUUACUCUACAACUUCUCUGAAGCUAGAGAGAUAUUGGUUGGAGGUAAUGCAGAUGGAUGGAAGAUUCCGUCCACUCAAUCUGAAUCCCUCAAUCAAUGGGCCGGAAAUUCUCGUUUUGUCGUUGGUGACUCUCUCGUGUGGAAAUAUGACAGCGGGAAAGACUCUGUAUUGCAAGUGAACAAGGAAGAUUAUAUGAACUGCAAUACAUCUAAACCCAUUGAAGAGUACAAAGACGGAAAUACUAAGGUGAAACUUGACCGAUCUGGGCCAUUCUACUUCAUCAGCGGAGCUGAAGGACACUGUGACAAGGGUCAGAAGUUGGUUGUGGUGGUUCUUUCUUCAAGACGCGGGUACACUGGCAUUUCUCCAACGCCUUCUCCAGUGGAGUUCGAGGGUCCGGCAGUUGCUCCGACUAGCAGUGGUACGAGUUUGCAAGGCGGUUUGAUGGUUGCGCUGUGGGUUUUUGCUUUCGGGAUUUUUUGAUGUGAUUCCAAACAAAAGAGGAAGAGGGUGGGUAGGGGGAUUCGUUUGAUUACCAGCUUUGAGUUAUUGAGCUUAUUAUUUGAUUUUUCCUUUAAAUAUGAAAAACCGGAUUCUUAUGGAAUCCGGAUUCAGACUUUAUACCCAACGAACAAUUGAACACAUUAGUUAAUUGUUAUUCCUUAA